AUGGAUUUAAGGGGUUGUGAAUCCCUAACAGAACUCCCAGACUUCGGUGGAAUCCCAAACUUGAAAGAGUUGGAUCUAUCUGACUGUAAGAAUUUAGUUGAGGUUCCUGAUUCCGUUGGAUUCCUCCGUAACCUUGUUACUUUGAAUGUUGACGGCUGCAAGAACCUUUUUAAGUUUCCAAGAAAAAUCAACUGGAAAUGUUUAGGAAGUCUUUUUAUCUGCUAUUGCAAGCUUGAGGAAUUUUCAGAAGUUGAGGAAGAGAUGGGUUCAUUGACAGAUUUGAAUCUAUCAGGCACUCAUAUUAGAGAAUUGCAUCCGUCCAUUUCAAAACUUACAAGGCUAGAAGACUUGAUCCUAGAGCAGUGUCAGAAUCUUACAUAUCUGCCAUUUAGCAUCUAUGAGUUGCGCAACCUAAAGUAUCUUGACGCGAGUAUUUGCUCAAGUCUUGCUACAUUUCCAGGAAUUCCAAUGAAGAUGGAUUCGCUGAGAGAACUUUUUCUAGGAGGCAGUGACAUAAGAGAAUUGGACGAGUCAAUUGGAAAUCUCAUUGGCCUUGAAGUGUUGGAUCUUAUUUGUGACUGCAAAAAUCUUACAACUCUACCAUGCAGCAUUUAUGGGUUGCAAAAUUUGGAGAGGCUUUAUCUCCGUGGCUGCUCAAAACUAGUUAAAUUUCCUACAAAUACCAACAUUUUGAUUGACGAUGGUUGCUCUCUAUCACUUCCCAAGCUAGAGUGGUUGGAUAUCAGUGGAUGCGAUGAUACGAAUUACCCAGGUGAUAUUACUAAUAGCGGAAUUAUUAAUAGCACUAAAACACACAGGUAA